UGGAAAAAAAAAUAAGUUUCUACAUGGUGAGGUGAAGUCAGUAGUUUCACCCGCCCUUUCUGUCAUGCAUGAGCUUUAGCCCUAAAGAAUGAGGAAAAAGUGUACCUCCUGCUCAUUACUCUGCUCACACACACAUACACACACACACACACACAGAGGAAGCGAACAAGGUGGCACAGCCUCAACAUCUCUGGUCUCUCAAAUGGGGAUGUUUUUGCCUCAUAUUUGGACAGUAUUGGCUGUUCUAACAGUACUUUGUACAGUUUCAGGCUCAAACAUAUGUACCUCCAGAGGUGUUGGAACCUGCAAAGAAUGUUUGUCCAUUCAUCCAUCUUGCAGUUGGUGCUCUCAGAAAGACUUGGGUCCCAGCAGCUCCAGUGUUUCUCGUUGUAACCUAAAGUCCAUCUUGCGCCAGUCUGGAUGUAAAGCAGAGUUUAUCGAGUCUCUGGUCAGUAGCUAUGUCGUGGAAGAGAACCGCCCCCUCAGUGACCGUGCUCAAGGGAUGACUGGUGACAUCACUCAGAUUCGGCCACAGCGCAUCCGGCUGACUUUAAGGCCAGAUGACCCAAUAUAUUUUACAGUGACCGUUCGGCAGGUGGCUGACUACCCUGUAGACCUCUACUACCUGAUGGAUUUGUCCUAUUCUAUGAAAGAUGACUUAAACAUACUCCGCUCCCUCGGCAGUGCCCUGGCUGAUGCUGUAGGUCGUACCACCAGUAACCUGCACAUGGGGUUCGGAGCAUUUGUGGACAAAACACUCUCCCCGUACAUGUAUAUGUUUCCAGACCAGGCCAUUAGCAACCCCUGCCUUGGUAUUAACAAUACCUGCUCACCACAAUUUGGUUAUAAGAACGUCCUGUCACUGACAGAUCAGGUGAAUCGUUUCACAGAAGAAGUGAGAAAACAGCAAGUAUCAAGAAAUAGAGACUCGCCAGAAGGUGGACUUGAUGCCAUCAUGCAGGCUGUGGUCUGCAAGGAUAUAGUUGGGUGGCGGCCUGAUGCAUCCCACCUGCUGGUGUUUACUACAGAUGCUACAAGCCACAGCGCACUGGAUGGCAGAAUCUCAGGCCUUGUCCAACCUAAUGAGGGAAAAUGUUAUGUUAAUAAUGACAUUUAUACCAAGACUGCUGUACUGGACUAUCCUUCCAUUGGACUGCUCGCUGACAAACUGAUUGAAAAUAACAUCAACCUCAUCUUUGCUGUAACUGAGAAUGUGAAACCUUUGUACUUGAAUUACAGUAAGCUGAUUCCUGGUACGGAUGUGGGGACACUCUCUUAUAACUCGAGCAAUGUCAUCCAACUCAUCCUGGAUGCGUAUGCGAAUAUCAGGUCAAAGGCAGAGUUGGUGGUGUUGGGUGUUCCAGAUGAGCUGAGCUUGUCGUUCAAUGCCACAUGCCUCAACGGAGAGUUAAUACCUGGUGUUAAAUCCUGCUCAGGACUUAAAAUUGGAGACACGGUUUCGUUCAGUGUAGAGGCAAAGCUCCGUGGCUGCCCUAAGGUGAAGAGUCAUACGUUCAGCAUCAAGCCUCUGGGCUUUAAAGACACACUGCAGGUGACUGUCGAUUUUGCAUGUAACUGCUCAUGUCAAGAUUCUGCCCAGCCUGCUAGCCCUGCCUGUCACAACGGCAAUGGCACGCUGGAGUGCGGUGUGUGUCUGUGUGACCCAGGACGCCUGGGGCCGCAGUGCGAGUGCACCGAAGCCGACUACAAGCCCACGGACACGGCCAGCUGUAAACAGUCUCCAGACGCAGAUAUCUGCAAUGGACGAGGUGACUGUCUGUGUGGCCAAUGUAGCUGUCACUCAAAAGACUUUGGGAAAGUGUGGGGCAAAUACUGCGAGUGUGACGACUUCAGCUGCAUCCUCUCCAAAGGGCAACUUUGCUCUGGUCAUGGCGAUUGUGUUUGCGGGUUCUGUCAGUGCCAUCCUGGCUGGUCAGGUGAGAGCUGUAAUUGCUCCACGAGGACAGACACCUGCAUGGCCAGCACUGAGCUGCUGUGUAGCGGUCGUGGUGAGUGUUUGUGUGGUGCAUGUUCAUGCAGCCUGCCUGGAGCGUAUGGUGCCACCUGUGAGAAAUGUCCCACUUGCCCCGACUCAUGUACCUUAAAAAAGGACUGUGUGGAAUGUAAGCACUAUAAGAGAGGACCACUGUUUGAGAAGAAAGGCUGCAACAGUGCAAUCUGCAGAGAUGAAAUCCAGCUGGUGGAUGAGUUAGCAUUUCAUGAGAAGAGUUCGGUGAACUGCAGCUACAAAGACGAGAACGACUGCAUUAAUCAUUUCCAGUACUAUGAAGACAUCAGCGGAAAAUCCAUCCUCUACCUCGUUAAAGAACCUGAGUGUCCUAAAGGUCCUGAUAUCCUGGUAGUGGUUGCUUCUGUCGUCGGGUCUAUUUUCCUGCUGGGUUUGGCUGCUCUGCUGGUGUGGAAGCUGCUGAUCACAAUUCAUGAUCGCCGAGAAUUUGCCAAGUUUGAGGAAGAGAGAGCCAAGGCCAAGUGGGAAGCGGCGAAUAACCCGUUGUAUAAAGGAGCUACAACUACUUUUACAAACGUGGCCUACCGUGGCAACACCUAAGGACCCGGCGCCUUCAUCAGCAACAGUCACGUGUCUCAGUGACGCUCACGUAACCUCUCUGUGAAUAACUUCACACUUUCAAACAAUUGGUGAUGUAAAGAGGAAAAGGACAUGUCAAUCCUGUGACUGUGCAGAUGAUAUGCUUUAUUGACACUUUAUUGAAAUUUGUAUGUAGUUGUUUCAUUUAUUUUGUUUCAAUUAUUAUUAUUAUUAUUAUUAUUAUUAUUAUUAUUAUUAUUAUUAUUAUUAUUAUUAUUAUUAUUAUUAUUAUGUAAUAAAUAAAUAAAUAUAGAUAGAUAGAUAGAUAGAUAGAUAGAUAGAUAGAUAGAUAGAUAGAUAGAUAGAUAGACAGACAGACAAUUGAAAAAAUAAAACUUGUAUUUGUAAAGUAUCUACUGUUAUCGCUAAAGAAAACAGGGAAAUUAGGGCAAGAUGAUAAAUGAAAUUUUGCGAAUGCAUUUCGUGGAAAAUUAUUUUGAUUGUUUAAAUGUUGUUGCUUUUUUUUUUUUAUAAAAGAAUUUCUUCUAAAAGAAGUUGUAAGCAUCUCUGAAGCAUCUCUGAAGUUCUGAAGCACAUCGUUUCUCCUUCCGUACAGUUCAUACUGUAUAUGAAGUUAGCAAAGAUAUGGCAAAGAUAUGGUCUGUUUUGAAUUUCUUGUGGUUGUGAUGUCACUACCAUGAACAUAUUUACAUAUGUGAAUCUGUGAUAGAGCUACUGAGGCAGAGCAGUUGGUUUGAACAGUUAAACGAGUGCAGUAAAUGGGUGGAGUAUCAUUAAUAUGGGCGGUGCAUCAUUAAUAUGGAUGUGGCAUCAUUAAUAUGGGUGGGUUAUCAUUAAUAUAUGUGGGGCAUCAUUAAUAUGGGUGGGUUAUCAUUAAUAUAUGUGGGGCAUCAUUAAUAUGGGUGGGUUAUCAUUAAUAUAUGUGGGGCAUCAUUAAUAUGGGUGGGUUAUCAUUAAUAUGUGUAGGGCAUUAUUAAUAUGGGUGGGGCAUUAUUAAUAUGGGUGGGUUAUCAUUAAUAUGUAUCGAGCAUUAUUCAUAUGGGUGGGGCAUUAUUAAUUUGGGUGAGGUAUCAUUAAUAUGAGUGGGUGGGAAGGGGCAUCAUUAAUAUGGGCGGCCAUCAUUAAUAUGGGUGGGGCAUUAUUAAUAUGGAUGUGGGAUUAUUAAUAUGUGUGGGGCAUUAUUAAUAUGGGUGGGUUAUCAUAUUAAUGAUACCUCACCCAUAUUAAUAAUGCCCCACCCAUAUUAAUAAUUCCCCACACAUAUUAAUGAUAACCCACCCAUAUUAAUAAUGCCCCACACAUAUUAAUGAGUGGUUGGGGUGAGGCAUCAUUAAUAUGGGUGGCCAUCAUUAAUAUGGGUGGGGUAUUAUUAAUAUGCGUGGGGCAUCAUUCAUAUGGGUGGGCUAUCAUUAAUAUAGGUGGGGCAUCAUUAAUAUGUGUGGGGUAUCAUUUAUAUGGGUGAGGUUUAAUUAAUAUUGCCGGGGAAUCAUUAAUUUGAGUGGGGCAUCAUUAAUAUGGCGGGGGAAUAAUUUAUAUGGGUGGGGUAUGAGUGGGGUAUCACACAAUCACCCAUCCCUGAUUAUUUCAUCAGUUUGUUUAGCAUGAGACUGUGGUAUUAUUAAGUUGUGAUUUGUUUGGCAAAAAUGAGUUUUUUAGAAAACUGUUAUCUAGGUAUCGUGUGUGGGAUGUUUCAAAAUUUAAAAUAUAUUUCUUAAAUGUCAUAAGAUUUUGGCAUUUCAGCUGCUGGGAUGGGAAAAUGCUAUUGUACGCUACGUGUAGGAGAUUAUUUCCAGCCGUGGGUUGUAUUGCGCUCUUGCUCCACUGAGCACAUGAAUGUCAGCACUGUGACUGCGAGCAUACAGUCAGAUAAAACUCAAUGCACAAUACACAGUAAGCAGGAGACCUGAACAGUAAUGAGACUAACAGUGUCAUGGUGUGCAAAAAUCCUUCUUUACCUGCUAGUAGCCAGUACAGGCAAAAUUUAGCUACAUUUACAGCGUUUGGCAGACGCCCUUAUCCAGAGUGACUUCCUGUUUAAUCUCAUUUUUAUUAUACGACUGAGCAAUUCUGGGUUAAGCGCUGAUGUGUCUGGGCACAUGUCCGAGUGUGUUUUGUGACACUGGGUGUACGGUUACAUCUUUCAAAUUACUCAAUAAACAUUUUAACAAAACAAUACUCUCAGGAGCCAUAGAUGAGAAAAGCAAAAAUAGAGUUCAUUGCAAAAUAGCAAUCAACCCGAGAUCAACUUAUUUGGAUGUCCAGAACGAUCUGAUCUAGCUCUGAAAUUACUUUGUAUAGAUUAUAUAUAUCUGUGGAUGUGCCUGAAAAAAUUCCCAUUAUGUUUAGGUUUUGGCUUAUUCAAAUUUAUCAUCAUUUCCUGUUUUCAGCUUGUUUUGAUUUCCUUUAUUUAUUUCAGUCUCAUUAUUGGCUUAAUUGUCGAUUAUUUUUCGCCCUUACUUCGUCUAGCAUGUUAACCUAGCUUUGAUUGCUAGGUCAUCUUCACCUAGUGGGCUCCCUUGGUCUAAUCUUGGACGCUACCUGUGUCACCAGCUGGCUCACUUGGCCGUCAAAAUAAAGGCCAUACUGGAAGAGCUCUGUGCUUCUCACACUCUUCCAUGUCAUGCCAGCUGUGAACGUAGCCCAGGCUUCUUCCCAGACCGAGAUGGACUACACCCCUCUAACUGUCUAACUGCCCCUCUAACUAGUCCUGCACUUUUCCCCACCUUAACUAUCAGAUUCAAUCUAGUCAGCCCAAACCAGGGUCUAGACGCUUAUUACUUCAUAACCAAAUCCUGUUUUUUGUUCAGUUUUCAUUACCACAGGGACUUGCUAAGGGGUCCAGCAGUGGGUGCAUGAUCAACCUGGGAUUUGAGCUCACAACCUUCCAGUCAAUAGCGCAAUGCCAUAACCACUCAGCUACCACAUCCCCCAACAGCUAACUCACACGUGUCUUAUCCUAAUACUAAUUCCACUUUUCACAAUUUACCCCACAUUCUCAAAAAUGAAGGCUCCUGGAAGAACACUGAAGCCAUAGAAUAACCAUUUGUGGUUUUUCCCAAAGAACCUUACCGUAACUGCUUUUAAAACAAUCUCUUCUUUCUAGUGACAUAAAGAACCUUCUAAAGAACCUUCCAUGGAUGUUAGAAAUACUGUAGCAUUAUGUGUAAAUCAUAGUGAAUUAUUUUCUAUUAUCUUCAGUUUUUUUUUUCCAUUUAAAAAAAAAGAAUAAAGACAUAACUAGACCAACUAUAAACAGCCUUCUAUACGGAACCUUUCCACAGGCUAUAAAAUGUCUAAAAAGUUUGACGUAAAAAUGUUUCUGAACCAUUUCUGAUGUUCAAUGUAGAACUUUUUCUUCUCAGAGUGUACAAAAGCAAAAUGGUUUAUUUGUGCACAUGAAUGUGAGUCACAGUUACUGAGUAGCAGAAGAAAGAGCAAAACUCGCCCCCCCCCAAAAAAAAAAAAAGUUGGCUACCGUCAGCUGGGUAACAUUUACUGUGAUCAAGCAGCCAGUUUUCUUCCUAAUCGUUCAAGAUGCCAUCUCUCAAGAACAUGUUCUCUCACUGCGUCUUGUUCCUGAUUGGUUGCCCGUUCUGUUUCUCACCUUGGAGUCUGACUUCUUUGUGCCUAAACCCGGCAUGAUGAGGUCAGAUUUAUCUCAUCUAGCAUGUCAUGUAUUCAUACAAAUUUU